AUGUCGACCUCUGUGUCCCAGGCUUCUUCCGUUAACCCGAAUACCUUGAUCACGGUGAAGGUGCUUUACAAUGACAAUACUCGUCGCUUCAAGAUCCCUUUAAAAGAGCUUGAAGCUCGUGUUCUCCCCCAAAAGCUCCGCCAGCUUCUUGGCAUUCCGAGAGAUGUCAACGUCACUCUUGAACGUUUGUCUGACAGUGCCGGCUGUUACAUCCACCUGGACAGCGAAAACAAUGCUGUCUACAAGCAACUCUACCGUGCUGCAAAGGCCAAACUGAAGCUGCGAAUUAAGGUUACGGAGGUUGACAGUAGUGCCUCUCGAUCACCAUUGCCCACCGAAGAUCCCUCUGAGCACCAGGAUCAGGUGAGAUAUAACUACCUUCAAACAGUAUUAAGCUCUCCGCUCCCUGAAGGCUCAGCUGAAGCUGUUUCCGAAUCGCCACGUGAUGCUGCGAAGCCCACCCCAACUGAGCCCGACCCCAAGCAAUGGUCUAAUACGGGUGUCGUAGCCCCCGAGCCACAUUACCAAGACUUCAGUCUGAGCCAGGAUAAUCUCAGCACCCCCGUGGUCUCGCAUAAGUCUCCCACGGGUGUCUUCUGCAUUGACUGCAAUCAUUGUGGUUUAUCUAUUCCCAAUGAACACUACCACUGCAGUAUCUGCGAUGAUGGUGAUUAUGACCUAUGCCUCCAUUGUGUAGACUCGGGAGUUACCUGUCCAAAUGAGGACCACUGGUUGAUUAGACGCAUUGUUAAAGAUGGCAUUGUCACCAACAGCACGACAGAGACAGUUGCUCCUCGAAAGCUCCAGACUGAUGUUCCCAAGGAAGCCCCUGAGAAGGUCGAAAAGAAAUUAGAGUUUGUCCCCGAACCCGUCUAUGAAGAGACUCCAAGGACAUCACCAGUUGCUGUUGAAGCCCCUGUUCACUCGGAAGCCCGGAUUUGCAAUGCUUGUCUCAAGGAGUUUAACGAAACUAAAAUGGUCACUUGCCUUCAGUGCAAGGACUAUGAUCUUUGUAUCACAUGCCUUCUGAAGGAUGCCCAUGGUCAUCACCCAGCUCACAACUUUACUCUUCUUCAUGACGGGCCCUUUUGUCUGAAGAAUUUGGUUUUGUCACGCUGCAAACCUGGGCGUCGCUAUCAACAUGCCGCCAUCUGUGACGGCUGCGAGAAGGUGAAUGUCGUCGGUGUGCGUCACAAGUGCCUCACCUGCCCUGAUUGGGAUUACUGCUCCGAGUGUUUUUCACAUGCACCGGAUACUCAUCCUGGUCAUCGAUUUGCUCCACUUUAUGAGGCUAUAUCUGAGCCGUCUCAGGAUCAUGAGGUCCACUAUGGUAUCUUCUGCGAUGGCCCUCUUUGCAAGAAUAAGGCAGUCCCUGGAUAUAUAACUGGGGUCCGUUACAAAUGCUCCGUAUGCUACGAUCUCGAUUUCUGCGCCAGUUGUGAGGCGCUUCCGACAAAUACGCAUAACCGAACUCACCCAAUGGUCAUGCUCAAGACUCCUGUUCGCAAUGUUACUGUCAGUACACUCCAGGAGGAUAGAUUCGGAGGAUCUACAGUCGCCCUCGGCGAUCGUGCUCAAAGGUCCCCAUCGACCCAAGCCCUCAAUUUAGUGGAGCCCGAAGCCUCUAACACUGAUGUGCCCGUCAAAGAAGAGUCGAGGUUAUCACAAGACAGCGAGUCCGUGAAGCAGGAAUGUUCACUUUCAAGAGAGCAGCUAAUCAAAGCUGAGAAGUCCACUAAUAAUGCGGCUUCUGGAUACGACGCUCUAUUCGUGCGUGACACGGUACCUGAUAGCACAAUUAUGUUGCCAAACAAGGUGUUCCGUCAGACCUGGACUCUCUAUAACCCCGGCCCACUUGCGUGGCCUGCUGGAAGUGACGUACGCUUUGUUGGUGGUGAUGCAAUGUUCAAUGUCGAUACCAACCACCCCUUGAGCCUAGACUCUAUCUCUGCUGCUAUGGAAAGCAACAAGUUGACAGAGCCCCUAGAGUCCGGCCAGAGUGCCGAGUUCACUGCAACACUUAAAGCUCCCAGUCGAGUAGGUACUGCCAUCUCGUACUGGCGACUGAAGCUCCCAAAUGGGAUGCCUUUCGGUCAUAGACUGUGGUGUGAAAUCCAAGUACGGGAAGAUGCACCUUCUAUCAAGGGCCCGUCUAGCUUAGAGCCAGAAGGAAAGCACGGCUCGGAACGCACAGAGAGUCAAAUGAUCUUCCCUAAACUGGAGAAGGAGUCUCCUGAUGCAAGUGCCCACGAAGCGGGUGUUGUAGCGCCAGUGCCACCCUCCGUAUCCAACCCGUCUGAGCAAGAUGUUCUGGAAGAUAUGGAGAGUUUGUCCUUGGGUGGUCAUGAAACAGAGAAUGGAUUCUUGACCGAUGAGGAGUAUGACAUAUUGGAUGCCAGUGACCAGGAAUAUAUGGAUGCCAAGUCACGUGAGUGA